AUGUUAGUUGAUUACGCUUUGAUAGUUCCAUUGUUAGUCGCACUGGUUCUGGCAACCAAGUGUAACUCAUACAAUGCCUGCCCUGGGAACCUGUUUGGUUGGGGUCACAAGAAUAGGAACAUGCCUAAGGCUGAUAUCUCUAUUAGCGAUGUGUAUGCUAAUGGUGACGGCUCUUACAGUGUCAACCUUAACUUCCAGUGUGACUCGGCCUUGGCCACAGAGUCCUUGAACAGUUUACAGAUCUUGAACCUUGGAGAGACAUACACUCUUUGGUCCAGAUCUUCUAAUGUUUUUCUGAUUUCUAACUGUGCCUCUUGGUCGAAGACUGUCAAGGUCACCCCAAACCAGUCCAAGGGUAGCAAGAAAGUUUGUAUGCCAAACUUCCAGAUCGAGUUCGAUUGGUGUCUGAAUGGCUGCGAAAAAACUUCUGGAUGCAAGUCCUGGGGUUACUCCAAGUCUUACACUUACAACUCUGGUUGUGAUAAUGAUUCCCCAGACUACUGUUGGGAUGUUCCAAAUACAUCUACCAGUACCACCUCGACUAAGCCAGCAUGGCCCACUACUGACUGCACAACCAGUACCACCUCGACUAAGCCAGGAUGGCCCACUACUGACUGCACAACCAGUACCACCUCAAAGUCUACUAAGCCAGGAUGGCCUACUACUGACUGCACGACCUCGAAAUCCACCAAGCCUUGGACACCAUGGUGGCCAACUACUGACUGCACCACAACCUCGAAGUCUACCAAGCCAGGAUGGCCAACUACUGACUGUUCAACUACUUCGAAGAGCACCCCAGGUACUCCAGGCACGACCGAGUCUACUAGCUGCGAGACUACCCCAAGUACUCCAGGUACUUCCAAGUCUACUAGCUGCGAGACUACUCCAGGUACUCCAGGUACUUCGAACACUACCCCAGGUACUUCGAACACUACCCCAGGUACUUCGAACACUACCCCAGGUACUUCGAACACUACCCCAGGUACUUCGAACACUACCCCAGGUACUUCGAACACUACCCCAGGUACUUCGAACACUACCCCAGGUACUUCGAACACUACCCCAAGUACUCCAGGUACUUCCAAGUCUACUAGCUGCGAGACUACUCCAGGUACCCCAGGUAGUUCGAACACUACCCCAAGUACCCCAGGUACUUCGAACACUACCCCAGGUACCCCAGGUACUUCGAACACUACCCCAAGUACCCCAGGUACCUCUAACACUACCCCAAGUACCCCAGGUACUUCGAACACCACCCCUGGUACUCCAGGUACUUCCAAGUCUACUACUACCCCAGGUACUCCAGGUACUUCCAAGUCUACUAGCUGCGAGACUACUCCAGGUACUCCAGGUACUUCGAACACUACCCCAAGUACCCCAGGUACUUCGAACACUACCCCAAGUACCCCAGGUACUUCGAACACUACCCCAAGUACCCCAGGUACUUCGAACACCACCCCAGGUACUCCAGGUACUUCCAAGUCUACUAGCUGCGAGACUACCCCAAGUACCCCAGGUAGUUCGAACACUACCCCAAGUACUCCAGGUACUUCCAAGUCUACUACUACCCCAGGUACUCCAGGUACUUCCAAGUCUACUAGCUGCGAGACUACUCCAGGUACCCCAGGUAGUUCGAACACUACCCCAAGUACUCCAGGUACUUCCAAGUCUACUACUACCCCAGGUACUCCAGGUACUUCCAAGUCUACUAGCUGCGAGACUACUCCAGGUACUCCAGGUACUUCGAACACUACCCCAAGUACCCCAGGUACUUCGAACACUACCCCAAGUACCCCAGGUAGUUCGAACACUACCCCAAGUACCCCAGGUACCUCUAACACUACCCCAAGUACCCCAGGUACUUCGAACACCACCCCUGGUACUCCAGGUACUUCCAAGUCUACUAGCUGCGAGACUACUCCAGGUACCCCAGGUAGUUCGAACACUACCCCAAGUACUCCAGGUACUUCCAAGUCUACUACUACCCCAGGUACUCCAGGUACUUCCAAGUCUACUAGCUGCGAGACUACUCCAGGUACUCCAGGUACUUCGAACACUACCCCAAGUACCCCAGGUACUUCGAACACUACCCCAAGUACUCCAGGUACUUCGAACACUACCCCAAGUACUCCAGGUACUUCGAACACUACCCCAAGUACCCCAGGUACUUCGAACACCACCCCAGGUACUCCAGGUACUUCCAAGUCUACUAGCUGCGAGACUACUCCAGGUACUUCUGAAACUUCUAAGACUUCUAAGUCCACUCCAGGUACUUCUGAGACUUCUAAGUCCACUCCAGGUACUUCUGAGACUUCUAAGUCCACUCCAGUCACCUCUCCAGGUACCUCUGAGACUUCUAAGUCCACUCCAGGUACCUCGAAGACCACUAGCUGCGAGACUACUCCAGGUACGUCUGAAACUUCUAAGACUUCUAAGUCCACUCCAGGUACUUCUGAGACUUCUAAGUCCACUCCAGGUACUUCUGAGACUUCUAAGUCCACUCCAGGUACUUCUGAGACUUCUAAGUCCACUCCAGGUACUUCUGAGACUUCUAAGUCCACUCCAGGUACCUCGAAGACCACUAGCUGCGAGACUACUCCAGGUACGUCUGAAACUUCUAAGACUUCUAAGUCCACUCCAGGUACUUCUGAGACUUCUAAGUCCACUCCAGGUACUUCUGAGACUUCUAAGUCCACUCCAGUCACCUCUCCAGGUACUUCUGAAACUUCCAAGUCCACUCCAGGUACUUCUGAGACUUCUAAGUCCACUCCAGUCACCUCUCCAGGUACUUCUGAAACUUCCAAGUCCACUCCAGGUACUUCUGAAACUUCUAAGUCCACUCCAAUUACCUCUCCAGGUACUUCUGAAACUUCUAAGUCCACUCCAGUUACCUCUCCAGGUACCUCUGAGACUUCUAAGUCCACUCCAGUUACCUCUCCAGGUACCUCUGAGACUUCUAAGUCCACUCCAGUUACCUCUCCAGGUACCUCUGAGACUUCUAAGUCCACUCCAGUUACCUCUCCAGGUACUUCUGAAACUUCUAAGUCCACUCCAGUUACCUCUCCAGGUACCUCUGAGACUUCUAAGUCCACUCCAGUUACCUCUCCAGGUACUUCUGAAACUUCUAAGUCCACUCCAGUUACUUCUCCAGGUACCUCUGAGACUUCUAAGUCCACUCCAGUUACCUCUCCAGGUACCUCUGAAACUUCUAAGUCCACUCCAGUUACCUCUCCAGGUACUUCUGAGACUUCUGAGACUUCUAAGACUACUCCUGGCAGCUCAACCUUUGUAGUGACCACCACGACGGAGACUUGCGAGACGACCACUGUGGUCACUAUAACUUCUUGCAAGGAAGAGCACUGUGAGACACACACUGUCCCAACUGGUGUAACUGUUGUGACCACAUCUACAGAACAAACCACUACUGUGUUCACAACUUACUGUCCUCUCACGAGCGUGGUUACCAAGACGAUUCCAGGAAAGCCUACGGACGUUGUCACUGAGACGGUUCCAGGCAAGAAUGUUGAGGUGUCUCCAUCUGUUGUUACCAAAACUGCUUCGACCACUGCUGUUGUUACUGUCACCAAAUCUGGCCAGAAGCCUGUUGAGGAGUCUACCCAAGCCACCAUUGUUGCCACUACCACUGGCAAGGAGACCACCGCCGCCUCAGAAGAAAAGACUUCCUAUGUCACAAUCGUGACGACCGAGAAGUCUGUUGGUUCUGGAGGUGAGGAGACCUACGUUAUAGUGACCAAGACCACUGUCGCUGCUGAGGCUACUAGCCCUGCUGGCACAGAGGCAACUGUUAACGCAACCACUGAGGCAAACACAGUCGCUGGUGAGGCCCAUGCUACUGCCGGAACUGGUGAGACCGCUGAAGCAACCACUGUUGCUGGCGAGGCCACUACCCUUGCGGGCACUGAGGCUACUGCUGAGGCAACUACCGUCGCUGGCGAGGCCACUACCCCUGCGGGCACUGAGGCUACUGCUGAGGCAACUACCGUCGCUGGCGAGGCCACUACCGCUGCCGGUUCAGAGGGAACUGCUGUGGCCGGCGAGGGAACAUCAACCACUCUCGCAACUGUCUCCGUGGAGGGCACUUCUGUUGCAUCUGCAUCUGCUGCUGCAAGUGUAAGUGCAUUCGAAAACAAGGCCGGCUCCAACAGAAUCUCUAACACAUUGGUGAUUCUUGGUUCUGCGUGCCUUUCCUUCAUGUUCAUGUAA